GCUUGAUGAGCUUCGUCGGCAACUCAAGGAACUCGUAGAGAAGGGUUGGAUCCGGUCGAGUUUCUCCCCUUACGGAUCCCCAGUCUUAUUUGUGCCGAAGAAGGGGGGAACUCUUGAGGAUGUGCAUUGACUAUAGGGGCCUCAAUGCGAUCACUGACAAGAACCGAGAGGCCCUACCGCGCAUCGAUGACUUGCUAGAUAGAGUGCAAGGGUGCCGUUACUUCAGUAAGAUAGAUCUGAAGUCUGGAUACCAUCAGAUUGCAAUCCGGCCCGAGGAUCAACGCAAAACCGCAUUUCAGACCAGGUACCGUCUGUAUGAGUUUGUGGUGAUGUCUUUUGGCCUCUACAAUGCUCCUGGCACCUUUCAACACGCUAUUAAUCGGAUCUUUCAUGACUACUUGGAUAAGUUUGUCAUCGUGUACCUCGAUGACAUACUUAUUUUUAGUAGGACUGUCGAGGAGCAUGUUGCGCACUUAGACAAAGUCCUCAGUCUCCUUCGGCAGCACAAGUUCAAGAUCAACGGGGAGAAAUGCGAGUUUGGUCGCACCCGGAUCUUGUACUUGGGUCAUGAGAUUUCCGCAGAGGGUUUGAAGCCCGAUGACGCGAAGGUGGCCAGCAUUCGUGACUGGCCGCGUCCUAAGUUUGUGACUGAGAUGAGGUCUUUCUUAGGGAUGACCGACUACUAUUGCAAUUUUGGGAAGAACUAUAGUAUAGUGGCCGCCCCUUUGACUGACCUGACUCGCCUUGACACCCCAUGGGAGUGGACAGACAGGUGUGAGGCUGAUUUCACACAUUUGAAGCAUGCGUUGACAUACCAUGAGGUCUUAAAACUUCCUGAUCCUGACAAGCCGUUCAUAGUAACCACGAAUGCCAGCCAAUACGACAUUGGUGUCGUGCUCGCACAACAGGAGGGGGCAAAGUUGAGGCCAGUAGAGUACAUGUCCAAAAAGAUGCCGUCUCAGAAGUUGGCUAAGUCCACCUAUGACAAGCAGCUCUACGCGAUUUACAAGGCAUUGACCCAUUGGAGACAUUACCUCCUUGGGAGGUUCUUCAUCGUCAGGACUGACCAUUAGACCCUGAAGUGGAUGAGAACCCAGCCAGUGCUCUCCGAUGCAUUGAAGCGCU